GAGUAAUUUUGUAAAAAUGAAUAGAGAAAUUCACGCCUCAUUUCUUGAAUGAAUCUCGAAAUAUCCAUGCCCAAAUCUUUAAUCACUCCUAAUAUUUUUUUUUAUUGGGUAUUAAGUAAGGGUCAAGAAAUUUCCCACUAUAUAUAUACCCCUUCCUACCCCGUUUUAUCUUUCUUUCUCUUCUCAUUUUCGAACACCCACAAGCCUUGAUUGCAUUACACAGAGGACUCUUGAGCCCACAUUUGUUGAGAGACCUUCUCGUGUUGCAAAGGGUAAUGAUUUUUCACAAGAAAGGGCAUGGAGAUAAAUGCCGGAAUUCCCAACUCAAAGGAUAAGCUACAGGUGGAAGGCGGCAAAACAGAUAGAGAAACCAAGAAGGCUUCUGAAAGUGUCGAAAAUGCCCCUGUGUUUAUCAAUCAUGCUGCCAUUGCUUGGGAGGAGAGCAGAAGAAAAUGGACUGGCGACCCUUCGGAGAAGCCAGAAAAGGUGGCAAAGGACCCGAUCAUAAGUUGGACACUGGACUAUGACGACUUGCUGUCAACUAAUGAGCCUUUCGCGGAACGAAUUCCCUUACCGGAGAUGGUAGACUUCUUGGUUGAUAUUUGGUAUGACGAAGGGCUUUUCGACUAAGCGGUGUUUGGUGGUAAGGUGUGUCUUGAGAGUGCAGACAACAUAGAGUGUAUGAUUACUGUUGUAUAAGAUAGAUUCUUAUGUUCAGUUUAUAUGUAUUAUGAUUGAUAAUUACUGAACAAUUUUCAGCCCGAUUCGGUUCCUGAUUUACUAUGCUCUUUCAUGGA